AUGGCUCUGUCCUUGACGUGCAAGACUUGCAAGCGGAAGCCGAGAAACAAGCUGCAGCCCUGCGCCGCGGGCUCGAGCCCAAAGCCACGGUUCGGCAACAACAAACUCACGUUUGCCAAGUAUGUGCUCGACUACGUGUCAGCAGCACAAUGUUCAACCUUCUCGCUCGAAGCCAGCAGCGGCUACCAGCUGCUUCUCCUUUGCCCAGAUGAUGUGCUGUCCGCUGCAUGGCCAAACAGCAGCUCCAACAUUUGGAAAACUGCAUCUCUGAUCUUCAGGAUCCUCGUGGCCGCCUCAGGGCGGCUGGGCCGGCUGCGGGUAUUGAGGGCCUGCUUGGCUGGGGCAGCCUUCGCCAGCAUGCUGAUCGCCUUCUCGAACUCGAUUCCUGGAAUCCUGAUCGGCCGAUUCAUGGCAGGUGCAUUCGCAGCUUCAGUGCCGGUGGCGCAGGCAGCUGUCACGGACCUAGUUCCUGGGGCAGAGGCCGCGACGGCGCUUAGCCGAGUGGCCGCAGCCUCGCAGCUGGGUGUGGUGGUGGGCCCGGUGGCUUCCGCGGCCGCGGCUGGCUUCCUUACCAAGGCCUUUGGCCUGCCUCCACGGCUUGGUGUGCGCGUGGCCUUCGCGGCCGCCAGCCUUGCUUCCCUCACUGUGCUGGCAGUGUCGGCUGUGGUAGGAGGAGCUGGGGACAGUGAGCCUACAGCGGUCAAGAGUGCGGCGAAGGCAACCGAAGUCCUCACGACGUCUGCGCCGAGCGCAGUGGGCCGCUUCGCUCAGCCGCUUCUUCGCCUUGUAGCGCUGACUGUGGGCUGGUCGCUCACGCUCAGUGUGAGUACCUACUGCCUCUUCGCACACCGCUGCCUAGGCUAUGGCCAAUCCAGACUGAGUACAACAUUCUCCGUCGGUGCCGCGACCACCGUCCUGACACAAAUUGCCAUAUUUCCACGGGUCGUUGGAUGUCUUGGAGCCAACAUGGCCUGCGCUCUGGGCCUCCUGGGGGUCUCUGUGGGUCUUUGCGGCUUCUCCUUGAUCUGGCGCCAGCCAGUUCACACAGCGCUGUACCUGCUGGUGCGCCUGGGAAGCGGCAUCGCUGACACAUCCACUGCCACCCUCGUCGCUGUGGAUUCGAAGACCUCGGAGGAGCGGGCUCGAAAUCUCAGCCUCAUCACCUCCACCAGGGCAGCUGCCCGCAUAGUCACGCCCAUGCUGUCAGCCGACCUCUUCGAGGUUAGCGCCUCCCACAAGAGGGCACCGGGAGCGCUGCCCUAUCUGGUGUUCUUGCCUCAGUCUAAGCAGAUAUUUGUGCUCUUCCGAAACAACAAUGUCUUCUACGAAGCCCUUGCCUGGGAGUUAAAGGACGUGGAGCGCGCCCUUCGCUCUGAGCUACAGGACUUCAAGAAUGUUCACAUUGAUCUCGAACCUUGGUGA